AUCUCAGUGUUUUUCAUCGAAAUGUACUCCUCCUUCUUCUAUCUACAGCGGGCCUAAUACGUCGUCGCAAUUUUAUGCAAAAUAUAGAAAUUAUUUUUGAAAAAAUAGCUCAUCACGCGCUCAGUUUUUGCAUCCCAGAAAGGCGUUUUAAUUGGAAUUUGUAUAUUUAGACAGAAGGGGGCAGCAAUUUUUCGGCGCCUUAUCUCUUCUGUCUGAUGAGUGUAGAAGAAGAAGAAGUUUCUCGCGUUCUGUUUGUAUUCAGUAGCAACUGGCUAGGCUAAGCUAACCGGGUUGGCAGCUGUCCGCAGAGAUGUUCGGUUGUUUGGUGGCCGGUAGGUUGGUCCAGACUGACGCGGUCCAGGUCGCCUCUGAUAAAUUCGUCUUUAAUUUGGCGGAUUUUGAGAAUGUGAACCACGUGGUAGUGUUCAUGCUGGGGACCGUGCCUUUCCCCGCAGGAAUGGGAGGAGCCGUGUACUUCUCCUUCCCGGACCCGGGCAGCGGCGCUCCUGUGUGGCAGUUGCUCGGCUUCAUCACCAACGACAAGCCCAGCGCGAUCUUCAAGAUCUCCGGUCUGAAGGCUGGGGAGGGUGGGGCGCACCCUUUCGGCCUGAUGGCCUCCGUGUCGCCAUCCGUGGCUCAGGUCGGGGUGUCAGUUGAAGCUCUGGACCAGCUGGCUCAGCAGAUCCCAGUGUCCAGCGCCGCGGUGUCCACUGUAGACACGUUCAUGCAGUUCACCCAGAAAAUGCUGGACAGCCUCUACAACUUCGCCUCUUCGUUCGCUCUGUCCCAGGCGCAGAUGACGCCGAACCCCUCGGAGACCUUCAUCCCCUCCAGCUGCAUUCUUAAAUGGUAUGAGAACUUCCAGAGGAGGAUGGCGCAGAACCCGAACUUCUGGAAAAGCUGAACUAACAAACCAGAACCCGGUGCAACGCUAAGCCACAGUGCCUAUCUGGGAACACUCUUCUGCCGUCAGACCGGACACGCUUCGUGUCCCACAGUGGACAUGUCAGGCUCUCUGUGACUGUCUCAGUCUGUGGACGGAAAGCCAGAGGAAACUUGGAGUGCCUGACUCUGUCUGAACACCUUUCAUCCUGUCAUCAUUAACUUCUUCACAUUCACUCCACUGAUUGACCAACACAAGUUGGUUCCUAAAUAAAACCCGACCUGCCCUAAAACUUA